UAAAUGAAGACUUUUUGCAUUUAGAUAGAGCAAUUUUAUUUUGAGAUUUCUGGCAAUCUUAAAUUGUCAUAAUGUCACAAGCUUCUAACAAAGUUUACUGAGAUGGAGUCUUUAAGAUAUCUCUUUAUAAUAAGACAGAUAUUUCAAAUUUUCACAGAAUUUAAUCAACAGACUGGAAAUCUUGGAUUUUAAUUUGAAAAUAUCAAAGUAGACUUCUAACUGUUACAGUUUAAUAAUCUGACGAUAACGAAAAUGGUUUUGAAAAGAUGCAAAUUUGAAAAAGAUAAAUUGCAAGAAGAUAUCAUUAAGUUUAAACUCCGGAAGCAUAAAAGAGGUUUAUAUUGAUAUAUUUUAAUAAGAUUAAUGCUUUACAAUCUAGGAAUAGACAGAAUUAUUAGAAAUUUAGAGAGAAAUAGAAUAGAUGUCAUUAUUAAGAUAUGAUUUAUCAAUAUUAUUAUUGAGAUUUGUUUUUUUUAUAUUAUUUAUUUUCUAUGUCUGCUAUUAAGAUUACUAUCACUAGCUUGCACGAUGA